CUUCCUGGCCCUCAAUUCUACUUCCGCUCACCAAUUGACAAUAAUGUAUGUUUAAUCAGUAGUCACCACCAUGUCCCUAGGGACACCGCUCAAGAGGCUGAUAAUAUGUGUGGACUCGUCCGAGCAAGGAGAUGAUGGCAAAUCAGCAACUGGGAACCAAAGUACGAUAUUUCGACUCAAGAGCAUCGUCCGAACUGGAGUCUGUCAUGACGCACAAGGACAAGCCUUUGAUCAGGUUGUGCGCUACUAUCGCGCUGCCGAAGAUGGGCCCAGCCGCAUUGAACGACUGAAGAACAAGACGACGGUGCCGCAUUUCGAAAAGCAAAUCAAGGAAAUCGUCAAGGAAAUUUGCGAAACCCUCGAAGACUCCAAAGAUGAACUGUUUCUCUACGGCUUUGGUCGUGGAGGUUUCAUCGUCCGCGCUGUCGCUGGUGUCUUGAACACACUGCGUCUUCCCUUGCGUAAAGACCUGAAGCACUUUGAUGUUCUAUAUCAAAGCACGAUCGAUGUCUUCAAAGCUCGUCACGAGGAUGACAAUCGCAACGGUCCCCAGAUCAUUGAAUUUCUGGCUGCUCAUACAACCGUCUUGCCUCGUAUUCAGUUCGUGGGUGUUUUUGAAACCCUCAAGUAUACUGCAGAAGGUCCAAUGCACGAUAUAUCUCUCGUCAAGUCGAUUGCCAAUCUCAGGCAUGCACUAGCCAUCAACGAGGCUCGUUCUCAAUAUACUCCUGAAUUCAUCGAGAACCCUCCGUUUGCACAAGCAAAAGUGUCAAGCUUUAUUCAAGCAUGGUUCGUUGGAACACAUCAAGAUCUUCGAGGCGGCACCUUAGAAGAUGGACUCUCUUUGUAUCCACUUCAAUGGAUGAUCCUCGAAAGUAUCAAGUGCGGCUUGUGUGUCGGCUUCGCCUCCAGCAAAUCUCCCCCAGAGAUGGAAAACCCUCUCUCUCUAACAUUUCCCCACUAUGGAGGCGAUCCUCCCACGCUCGAUCAUGAAGAAAAGGUGGAAUGGCAAAUCGACUACACCAAUGGGAUCCAGGCCUUGUUGUUUGAUCUCCAGAGUGUGCAUGGUCUUCAAAGCAGUGUCAAUAACCAAUAUCACGGGCUCCAAAUCAAUUCUUCCAAGUACUUUUACAACAGUCCUCGCAAAAUGUUCACCUCCAAGAAUGUUUUGGGGCCAAAGUCAUCAGUUGUCGGAAGCUUGAUAGGUUGGAAUGAAUCUGGUAUGUCUCAUGCGACGGAGAGUGCUUGGGGAGGCACUGAUUUCCAAACAAGGAGCUACGGCACCAUCAUCCACCCGUCUGUAUUCUACAUCCUCGACCGAUAUUCCCAGUUUUAUGAACAGCCUCGAUUCAAAUCGAUCAAGACCGAAAUUGGCGAUUUCCGAGACCGGUGUCUCCAAGAUACUGGAUCGGUUGUCCCGCCUUGGCUUGAAGGGUUUGAACUACAAGCCAGCGGAGUGAAGGCAUUCCGCAUCCUGGUCUGUGGCAAGACAGGUGUCGGCAAAUCAUCCUUGAUCAACGCCGUUUUUGGAGUGGAAAUGACCCACGAGUCCGAUUCGUAUGCACAGGGCGUGCACGAUAUCGAACAGGCAUUUGAAUCGCCUAACCAUCCCGGUCUUUUACUCCACGACUCACGAGGCUGGCAAGCUGGAACGGACACGGAAUUGGAUCUGAUUGCGAAAUUCCUACGCCAUCGCGCGUAUCAAAAGGAUCCUGCCGAGUCAUUGCACGUGAUAUGGUACGUGUUUUGUGUCGACGCCGAUGUGAGUCGAAUUGAAGAAGCGGAUAGAAAGACAUUUGCAACAAUUGCGCAAUAUUCCAACCACGUGCCGGUUUUCGUGGUUGGGACGAAAAAGGACAAGUUGACAGCAUUACAUCAAGUCAAGUUGCUGGAAAAGUUCAUGGAAGAGACCAACGAUUUCAAGGAAUCUAAAAGACUAGCGGCGGAGGCAGCAUCAAAAGAAGCAGAUGAACAAUUUAUGCGACUACGCACAGAGUUGGCCAAGGUCCCUCAUUAUAAAGCAGAUGGGUUUGUCUGUCUUUCUAAAGACGACAAACCAGGCAUCAAAGAUCUCCUGACACAAACGCUCGAGUUGAUCAGUGAUGAAAGGGUCCGUCUUUUCUGCGUAGCCGCCCAAGUUGUGGAUGUCGAGCAGAAAAUUGACUCGGCCAUUACAGAAUGUAUGCGACUAUCGACACACGCGGUCAGGACGGCCAUGGUUCCUCUCCCGUUUUCUGGAGUGAUUGGCACCCCGACUGUGGCUCGCAUUCUCUGUGAGCAUAUGCUUUUGUGCUUUGGAUUCCCCAAGACCAUUCCAGAUGAGAUUGAGGAAAUCAUGAAGCGGAUUCUUCUGGGUCACAUGAAGAAGUUCAUGACGGUGACUUUGAUUGAAUUUACCGCUAUCAGUCUGGUGACGGCAGGGAUUAUUGUUGGCACUAUGGGAGCUGGAUCUGCAGUGGCUCUGUCCUUGACGAUUUUGGCCGCCCCUCCAACAGCGAGAAUGAUGUUCAAAUGUGCGGCCGAUCUUAUCUUGAUCUUGGAAAGAUCGUUUCGAUACAAGGGGAAAUAUGUGUCGACCAAACAGAUUGAAGAUGCCGCGAUAUACUACACGACAACCACGUUCACGACGUUCUCGGGCAAGGAGAAACUAUUACAGGCUCAUGUGCACGAAGAGAUUGAUAAAUUGAUUCCCCUGACCAAAGUGGGAGCGGGGAUUCGAUUCGCCAGACUACGCGACGGAUUUGCAGAUAUCGUGUACAAGAACCGAUUCGAGAAACCCGACAACGAUCAGCGCAGCGAGCUUUCUUCACCAUCAGUCCCAGAACUCCCCAACAAGGAGAUCGCAGAGCUGGGCAGCACACCGGUGUUUGCUGAACUGGAAGGCUCUCGGAUGGUUGCAGAAUUGCCCGCAGAAGUGAACCUGCCCUUGCGAAAUACUCGAUCCCACACUGCGCCACAGAAUGUUAACAGUGCGACGACAACGACUUCAGAUACGCCGAGCUGGAUUCACACGCCAGACUCGGUGUCAGGACGGUCGAGCGAACGAGGUCUCAGUGAGGACGAAAUGUGCGCGAACACGACACUUGGAUCACCAGUGUCGCCUGAAGAUGAGAUAAGCACACGCACGACCAACGACUCGAUGCAAAAGAAGAGUAGUAGCAGUGUCUUGUCUAGAAUGAUGGGCAGGCGGAACUUGUCGAAUAAGUUUGGUUUGUCUAAAACUAAGAGCGGUUAAGGCGAGGCAGUGCUCGGUAUGGGUACUGGCUGGAUUCAGCCAGAGACUUUGAGGUGACGACAGCUCAUAAGGAUAAUAUAUGCAUGGAUAUAAUAGCUCGGAGCGGCGGUGUUGUCCUUCAUAUAGCCCAGAGGCAUGGAACAGAGAAU